AUGGCGAGAUUGCAACAAAUUUUGGAACUGACCCCAAAAAACGAGUUAGUCUUUACAGGACCAUUCACUGAAGUAUCAACUUCACUUCUUAUACUUUUCAAUCCUUCUGAAAAUUAUAUUGCUUUCAAAGUCAAGACAACUGCUCCAAAUUAUUAUUGUGUUCGACCAAAUUCUGGUUUAAUACCACCAAAUACAAGUAAAGAAGUUGCAGUAAUGUUACAGCCAAUGGAUAAUACCUCGAAUUUGGAGCAGGAAAGGGCAAAACAUAAAUUUAUGAUUCAGUCAGCUUUUGCUUCUGAGAAUGAAAAUCUUCAGAAUUUUUGGAGAUCAACUCCUCAAGAAAAUAUUAUGGAUUCUAAAUUAAAGGUUAAAUUUACACCAAAUGAGAAGUCUGAAUUGGUUGAUAGAAAUUCUAUUGUUAGUAACUCACAAACUUCUACUCAAAACACGAAUAGAAGUAGUGAAAAUCCAUGUGAUACACAGACGUCUACAAAUGAUAAUCUUUCUGUUGAGUGUUCUAAACUUAAGGUUAUUAUUGCUAAAUUGGAGCAUGAGAACAAAGGGCAGUUGGAACAGAUUGCUCAACUCAAGGAAUGUCUUUUAACAUCAAAAUCGGGAGUUAUAACUACUUGUGAAGGAUUACCAAAUGGUCAAAUGAAUGAGGUUUCUUCAUCCAAAGUGUGUCAUCUUUAUGUACCACCAAAAAUAAUUGUUACACUAAUAGAAAAAGCUAAUGCAAUUUUUGUCUUAUUACUAGCUGUAGCUAUUGGUUAUGGAAUGUUUUUUGUGUUACCAGAAAAUUCUCUAAGUACUUAUAUAUCGGAAAAAGGAUUGAUGCCAGGAUUGGUAAAUGAAAAGUUUCGUAGUAGUGAGUAUGGUUUUAAUAAUAGAGAAAACAUUUACAAAAGAUUAAAAAAUGAUUAUAUGGGUUAUAGAGGACAUCUUCAAACUUAUAAUUACUUAGAAUAUAAUAAGAAUGUUAGUAAUGUUAAUAUCUAUUCAAUUGUUAAAUGUGUUCGUGGACCAUGUACAGAAUCGAUAGUUCUAGUUGUUCCAUUAUCUAGGAAAUACAUUGAUUCACAAAUAAUGACAAUGGAAUUAUUAAAUUAUUUUAAUUCUCUUAGAAACUGGUCAAAAAAUGUAAUUUUCUUUUUUACACCGGAUUUUAUUGGAACACAGGCUUUUCUGUCUGCCUACUACAAUCAAGAUCACUCAAAUAUACAUUAUCAAUCUCUUGAAUUUUCUUCUGGUGAUUUAAUUGGUGGUGUUGUCCUUAAUUUGUCUGGUAAAAAAUUUGAUAGAGUAAAUAUUCAAUAUAAUAUGAUUAAUGGAAGGUACCCUAAUUUAGAUUGGUUUAAUGGAAUAGUAAAAAUAUUAGAAAAAUUUGAUUUAAGACCACUUAUACAUACACCAAAAUUAGAAAGAUCAAUUAAAAAUUUUGAUCCUUUAUCAUAUCAUGGAAAGCAUUGUCUUAGAUCAAUAUUAUCACAAGCAUUUUUAGAAACUGAAAAUUUACAUUCACUUUUUGGUUUACAUUGUAUUUCAAUGGUAACACUUCAGUCAGAUUUUGGCAAUGGAAAUGGUCAUGUAACAAUACAAUCAAUGGCGGCAGUCGUUGAAGCAUCAAUACGUGCACUUAAUAAUCUAGAUGAAAGAUUUCAUCACUCUUACCAAUUUUAUCUUUUAACUUCAUGCCGGUAUUUUUUGUCAAUAGCAUAUUAUGAACCUAUGAUUGGAUUUUUCUGUGUACCAUUACUUUUGAAGGCUCUUGCAAAUUACUACUCAAUAUCGUUAAAUUUUCAAUUUCCUCUUUCAUUCCUCUUAACGUAUCUUUACUCCCUAUUUUUAUAUUUUAUCUCCACUUACUUUUACUUUAUUGAAUCAUCUUCAACAGUUCUACUUUUUUCAACCUUUUUACCUUUAUUAUUCAUCCCUUUCAUUCAACCAUCAACCACUCAUCGUUUUGUUGUAAAUCUUUUAAUACCAUUAAGUUUAGGAGCAAUUUCUCUCCUUAAUUUUAGUUUCGCUCUUAUAUUUGCCCUGAUUUAUUCACCUAUAGCAUUUAUUAUUAUUGGAUCCGGAGAAAUGUCUAAGUCUGGGCUUCAUCUUGUAGCCUAUAUAUUAUUGGUAUUUUUGAUUUCAACUAAUAUAGCAUCUAAAAUUAUUGGUGUUCCAACAUGUAAUAAAAAUACAUCACCAGUAUUUACACUUCAACAUAAUUCUACUAAUGGUAUUUUAGCUAGAUCUCUUCCAUUACCAGCACUUAUUGACUGUUCAGAACAUUGUUCAUCAUCAUCUGAUUGUAUUGGUGUUGAAUAUUGGCAAGGAAUUUGUAGAAUUAUUUCUGAAGAUAAAAAAUCAAUCUAUACACCAACAGAUGAUACUUCAAUAUUUUUAACAAAAUCAUGUGUUAAAAGUGAUCGUAUCUGUUCAUCACCAUUUCAUUUUGAUGUUCAUGAACAAAAAAUAUUAGUUGGUUUUGCAAGAGAAGUUGUACCAGCUGAAUCAAUUGAAAUUUGUAUGGCUGCUUGUUUAAAUGCUUUUGAUACAUAUGGUUUUGAAUGUGAAUCAGCUAUGUAUUAUCCAGUUGAUAGUGAAUGUAUUCUUAAUACAGAAGAUAGACUUGAUAGACCAGAUCUUUUUGUUAUUGAAAAAGAAGAUGUUGUUUAUUAUCUUGAUUCUAAUUGUGCUGGUUCACAAUGUUAUGCUCCAUACAUUACACAAUAUAUUGCUGUUGAAGGUAAACAAAUAGAAAAUGAAUUAGAUAGAAAAUUUGAGGAUACUGAUUUUCAAACAUGUGAAGAAUUAUGUACUGGUAGAGUUACUGUUACACAAAAUGAUUUUACCUGUAAAUCAUUUAUGUAUAAUCCUGAAACAAAAGUUUGUUAUCUUUCUGAUGAACGUUCUAAACCUCUUGGACGUGCCAAAUUAACUGAUGCUAAUGGAUUUACUUAUUAUGAAAAAAAAUGUUUUGCUUCACCUAGAACAUGUCGUCAAACACCAUCAUUUAAUAGAGUACCACAAAUGAUUCUUGUUGGUUUUGCUGCAUUUGUAAUGGAAAAUGUACCAUCUGUAACAAUGUGUCUUGAUCAAUGUACAAAUCCACCACCAGAGACAGGUGAGAAAUUUGUCUGUAAAUCUGUUAUGUAUUAUUAUAAUGAACAAGAAUGUAUUCUUAAUGCUGAAACAAGACAUACAAAACCAGAUCUUUUUAUUACAGAAGGAGAUGAAUUUCUUGUUGAUUAUUUUGAUAUUUCAUGUCAUCUUGAACCAGAAACAUGUCCAGAAGGAACAUAUUUAAGAGGAAUUAAAUCUAUUAAUUCUGCUCUACCUGAGGGUGAAGGUUCACUUCAUGUUAUUGAGUCAGCCGGAAAAUCUAUAGAAGAAUGUAUGACAAAAUGUAAUCAACUUUAUCCAGAAAAAUGUAGAUCAUUUAACUUUGAAAAAACAUCAGGAUUAUGUAAUCUUUUGUAUCUUGAUGGAAAAAAUACAUUAAAACCAUUUAUUAAAAAUGGAUUUGAUCUUGUUGAUUUACAAUGUUUAUCAACUAAAAAAGAUUGUUCUUCAAAGAAAAAUGAUAUUACUUAUGCUAAAUAUCUUUAUUCUCAACAACCAGGAAUUCCAACUAAAACAGAAAAAGUUAUAGGUAUUUCUAAAUGUCUUGAUUUAUGUACAAAUAGUGAACGUUGUGAAGGCCUCAAUUAUAAUAGAAGAAGUGGAGAAUGUCAAUUAUUCCAAGUUAUUGAUGGACCAUCUAAUCUUAAAAAAUCUGAACACAUAGAUUUUUAUCAAAAUCUUUGUUCUACCAAAGAAAAUGAAGCUGGUGUUUCAUCUGCAUUAAAUGUACCACAAUCAUCUAUUAUUUCUAUUUCAUCAGCACAAAAUACUAGUAAAAUUGAUAUUUUAACAAAAAAAAAUCUUAAUAAAGAUGGUAAUAAUCAAGUAAAUAUUUAUGAACCAGAAAAAAAAUAUCAUCCAAAAGGAUCAAAGAAUGAUACAGCUUAUGAAACAGAUGCUGUAAAUAAGCCAAUAGUUGAGGGAGGUUCUCAAACUUCAGUUGAUGCUCAAAUUGAAAGUGGAAGUCUUGAAAAAAAUAUUAUUACAGCUCCACCAUCUAUACCAAAAAUUCCUGAAGGUCCACUUCCAGUACCAAUUUUAAUUCCAGCUGAUCAAGUACAAACUAUUUGUGAUUAUGAAGGUAUUAAGGUACAAAUUAAAUCACCACAAUCAUUUACUGGAGUUAUCUUUGUUAAAAAUCAUUAUGAAACAUGUCGCGUUGAAGUUUCUAAUUCUGAUGCAGCCACACUUGAACUUGGUCUUCCUGCUUCUUUUGGAAUGAAACCAGUUACACUUAGUGCCCCAGAUUCUACUAUUUCUAGUUCUUCACAGAAUGCUACAACUGGUGAGGGACAUAUAACUGUUGGAAGAUCACGUCGUGAUACUCAAGAAAAAUCUUGUGGUCUUACUGAAAUUGAAAAUGGAAAAUAUAAAAGUACAGUUGUUAUACAAACAAAUAAUCUUGGAAUUCCUGGUCUUGUAACAUCAACAGAUCAAAUUUAUGAAAUUGGUUGUGAUUAUAGUAGUAUGUUAGGAGGUAAAAUUACCACUGCAGCUAAUAUGACUGUAAAUGGACCAACACCAACUGAUAUUAAACCAAGAGGUAAAAUUGAACUUGGAAAUCCUGUUCUUAUGCAAAUGAAUGCUGGUACAGGUGAUCAUCAACCAAUUUUACAAGCUAAACUUGGAGAUAUUCUUGAAUUGAGAUGGGAAAUUAUGGCUAUGGAUGAGGAACUUGAUUUCUUUGUUAAAGAAUGUCAUGCUGAACCUGGUACUAGUACAGGAGGAAAUGAAAAACUCCAACUUAUUGAAGGUGGAUGCCCAACAUUAGCUGUUGCUCAAAAACUUAUUCCACAACCAAUAAAAUUACAAUCAUCAGCUGUAAAGAUUGCACAUCUUCAAGCAUUCCGUUUUGAUUCAUCAUCAUCAGUUAGAAUAACAUGUAAUAUUGAAAUCUGUAAAGGUGAUUGUAAACCAGCAACAUGUGAUAUGCAUGGAGAAUCAAAACAAUCAUGGGGAAGAAAGAAAAGAUCUAUUGAAGAUGAUACAAUAACAGAAUUUGAAACUAAUCGUUACAAGGUUCCAAGAUUUUCACAAGCAACAACAUCUCUUCUCAUUCUUGAUCCACUUCAAAAUAGCAUUGAGCCAUCAUCAUCAAUGUCAAAGGUAUCAUCUCUUGAUUUGUUGGCUGAAGAUCCUGCAAAAACAUUACUUAAAAUUAAAGAAACGGCACACUUGAAUGGAAAUCUUUGUAUGGGAAAAAUUACUCUUUUUUCAGUAUUUGGUGUACUUCUUUCAUUAAUUGUUAUUCAAGCAGUUGUCGUAACAAAUUAUAUUUUUAAAAGAGUUAUGUCAAACAGAAAGAUUACCAAUUAA